GGCCUCAGCAGUGUUCUGGCCUCUUGGUUCUUUUUGAGACUUGCCAGUCCUGGGCCUUCUGGGAAAGGUCAGCCACUCUCAGGCAAGCAGUCCUGGGACCAGGUGACCCCACAGCUAUGUCAGGGCCACGUUGUGGGACUUCGUUUUCUUCACUGCUGUGGCCACAGCCUUUCUGCUGCCGUUCUGGCUGGUGGAUGGGUCCGUGCUUCUUCAAGGAUGCAAAUUACUCAAAGCUUCCAGGACACUCUUUUGGCAACUUGGGCCUUGGAAAGACAGAGCAGGUGUACGGUGUUAGGGCCUGUGGCUGAGCUGACCUGCCUGGAGGCGUCAGCCAGUAGCACAGCAAGGUUCCCGUCUUGGGGCUGGUGUCCGGGCACAGAGCAGUCAGUAUCCACUGUCCUUCCUGGAGGAAAAAGGUAGAAUGUGUUUGUUUUUUAAAUGGUGGAAUGGGCUGGGCACAGUGGCUCACAUCUGGAAUCCCAGCACAUUGGGAGGCUGAGGUGGGUGGGUCACAUGAGGCCAGGAGUUCAAGACCAGCCUGGCCAACAUCGUGAAACCUCAUUUAAAAUUACAAAAAAUUGGCCAGGCAUGGUGGCUCAGUACUUUGGGAGGCCAAGGUGGGCAGAUCAUGAGGUCAAGAGAUUGAGACCAUCCUGGCCAACAUGGUGAAACCCCAUCUCUACUAAAAAUACAAAAAUUAGCUGGGUAUGAUAUCACACACCUGUGUCCCAGCUGCUUGGGAGGCUGAGGCAGGAGAAUUACUUGAACCCAGGAGGCAGAGGUUACAGUGAGCAGAGAUCGUGCUACUGCACUCCAGCCUGGUGACAGAGUGAGACUCCGUCUCAAAAGAAAAAUACAUAUAUAUACAAAAAAAAUUAGCCAGUCGUGGUGGCUUGCACCUGUAAUCCCAGCAGCUCAAGAGGCUGAGGCAGGAGAAUUGCUUGAACCCAGGAGGCAGAGGUUGCAGUGAGCCAAGAUUGUGCCGCUACACUCCAGCCUGGGCGAUAGGGCAUGAGACUGUCUCAGAAAAAAAAAAAGUUGGAAUGGUUCUGAGAAAUCAUUCCUUAAGUAAAUAAAAUGCCACCCCGAGGGUUGCCCUCUGGGGAGAGGACUCUGGAGGCCGCCCUCCACUCUCAGUCCCUGCCUCCCUGGGCUGCCUCCUGGGGAUUGCAGCCCACACCAUGCACUAUUCUUCCUCCCCAUUCCCAGGUUGCCCUGCCUGGAGUCCACCUUCUAGGAGUGAGCCCCUGCUGUGUGGCAGCCCUGGAAGCCCCUCCCUGGCUGUCCCUAGUUCCCUGAAAUAAGACUGCUUUCCUGCUAGAGAGAUGCCCCCAGCCCCACCUUCUUUCACUGGGCUCUCAGGGGCUGGGACUGGGGUCAGAGCAUACUUAGAGCUGGCUUGGCCUACAGGCUGCCAUUGGAAGGAGCAUAGCAGCUGAGCAUCAGGCGAGGCAUGUUCCAUGAGGAACACAGGAAGGCCCUGGAGACCGUUGCCAGGGAGCAGCGGGUUCCAGGUCUUCACGCCCAGCCUGGUUCCCCGUGUGAGGCUGUGGACACGCAUGUGUCUGCCUCUCUCAUCCGCAGCCCCCUGUUGCUACCUGGGGAGCCUCUAGGGUUGCCGUCCAGUGUGUUUCGAGUCUGUUCUCAUGGGCUUCUGGGCUGUGGAAGUUCCCUGUGCUUUGUGGGGCCAGCAUGUGUGAACUAACUUCACUUCAACCAGAAGCUUUGAGGUCUUUGGACUCAAGCUUUACCCAAACUGCUUACAGGGCUUGGGGGGACUGAGUGCCUGUCUCACCUUUUUCUCAUGAAAAUGCUGACAGGAGAAAGUGUGAUUUGGAGAUUUGUAGUUGGUUGUCCUUGCUCACCCGCCUGCCCUUCUAAAGGACUCUGGCUUUCCCGAGAAGCCUCAUGGGUGAUGUUGAUGCCGAGAGCCGAGAGAGAGUGAGGCCUCGAGGAAACCCUGGGUGUCCUGGGUUACUGCUUGCCCUCCCUAUCUGCCCACUCUGCCUGGUGAGUGGGUCUAGACAUCCACAUUGUUCCCUUCCUCUGUCCUCAGCAUCAGCCCAGCCCUGAGCAGGCCCCUCUCAACAGAGCAGGAGCUCGGUGGCAGGGAGAGCGGCCUGCCUGAGGGUGCUCUGUAAGGAGAGUGGAGCCCCAUGGAGUCUCCGCCCGGGAGGCUGAAGGAGGAAGAAUCCCAGUUAAUCCAGGAGGAAGGGUGGGGUGAAGGGGUGGCUGGACGGUGCUCAGAGAGGCAGGGAGAGUGGGCACGGCACAGGGUGGCCUUGGUGCUUAGAGAGGCAGAGGAGAGGGCAUGGUGCAGGGUGCUGAGGCCGUCCAUGGCCGCCUUGGUGGGGCUUAACGAGUUCCAGUGGACAGCAGGCGCCAGGGCAGGGCUAGUACACAGAGGACUCUGAGGCCAUGUGCGUCGUCUGCAGUGGGGAAGCCUGGUAGCGAGAGGUAGCUUGCACCGUCCAGCCCCAGGUGGCUGCACUCCUGCCCCAGGGCUGCUCUGGUGGCAUGGCUCUCUCCCAAGUGUCUCUAGGGCCUCUGCCGGCAGGUGGGCAUCUGCUGCCGAGUGGGUUUGGUGAGAUAUGCUUUAGAAGGCGUCCACCACUCUAGAACGUGCUUAUUACAUGGGGGAACUGAGAGCCUAGUCUUGAGAACCUCUGACGGUUAGUGUUAACAGAAGUACAGCCUGUGCACCUAGCUGGGAAUGAGGGGUGAGUGGCUGGAAGCGCGUGUGUCCGUGCCUCUUUGAGCUGUGGGUUGGGUGUGUGGACACCAGCUGUGUGGUCCUCGCCCUCACCGAGCCUUAGUUUCCAUACUAGCAGCGGGAGAUGGGACUCGAGGGUCUCCAAGGCUUCCCCGAAGCUCUGCGGCUCUGCCUCUCCGUCUCAUCCGCAGGGCUCCGUCGUUCGUGGGGGUCACAGCUCUCAUGGCUGCCGCUAGCGUGACCCCCCCUGGCUCCCUGGAGUUGCUACAGCCUGGCUUCUCCAAGACCCUCCUGGGGACCAAACUGGAAGCUAAGUACCUGUGCUCUGCCUGCAGAAACGUCCUGCGAAGGCCCUUCCAGGCGCAGUGUGGCCACCGCUACUGCUCCUUCUGCCUGGCCAGCAUCCUCAGCUCUGGGCCUCAGAACUGUGCUGCGUGUGUUCACGAGGGCAUAUAUGAAGAAGGCAUUUCUAUUUUAGAAAGCAGUUCGGCCUUCCCAGACAAUGCUGCCCGCAGGGAGGUGGAGAGCCUGCCGGCCGUCUGUCCCAGUGAUGGGUGUACCUGGAAGGGGACCCUGAAGGAAUACGAGAGCUGCCACGAAGGCCGCUGCCCGCUCAUGCUGACCGAAUGCCCCGCGUGCAAAGGCCUGGUCCGCCUCGGUGACAAGGAGCGCCACCUGGAGCAUGAGUGUCCGGAGAGAAGCCUGAGCUGCCGGCACUGCCGGGCACCCUGCUGCGGGGCAGACGUGAAGGCGCACCAUGAAGUUUGCCCCAAGUUCCCCUUGACCUGUGAUGGCUGCGGCAAGAAGAAGAUCCCCCGGGAGAAGUUUCAGGACCAUAUCAAGACGUGUGGCAAGUGUCGAGUCCCUUGCAGAUUCCAUGCCCUCGGCUGCCUCGAGACGGUGGAGGGCGAGAAGCAGCAGGAGCACGAGGCGCAGUGGCUGCGGGAGCACCUGGCCAUGCUACUGAGCUCGGUCCUGGAGACAAAGCCCCUCUCAGGAGACCAGAGCCAGGUGGGGUCAGAGCUCCUGCAGAGGUGCGAGACACUGGAGAAGAAGACAGCCACCUUUGAGAACAUCGUCUGUGUCCUGAACCGGGAGGUGGAGAGGGUGGCCCUGACCGUCGAGGCCUGUAGCCGGCAGCACCGGCUGGACCUAGACAGGAUUGAAGCCCUGAGUAACAAGGUGCAGCAGCUGGAGAGGAGCAUCGGCCUGAAGGACCUGGCAAUGGCCGACCUGGAGCAGAAGGUCUUGGAGAUGGAGGCGUCCACCUACGAUGGGGUCUUCAUCUGGAAGAUCUCAGACUUCGCCAGGAAGCGCCAGGAAGCUGUGGCCGGCCGCACACCUGCCAUCUUCUCCCCAGCCUUCUACACCAGCAGGUACGGCUACAAGAUGUGUCUGCGCAUCUACCUGAAUGGCGACGGCACUGGGCGCGGGACCCACCUGUCCCUCUUCUUCGUGGUGAUGAAAGGCCCGAACGACGCCCUGCUUCGGUGGCCCUUCAACCAGAAGGUGACCCUGAUGCUGCUGGACCAGAACAACCGGGAGCACGUGAUUGACGCCUUCAGACCCGAUGUGACCUCAUCCUCUUUCCAGAGGCCAGUCAAUGACAUGAACAUCGCAAGUGGCUGCCCCCUCUUCUGCCCCGUCUCCAAGAUGGAGGCCAAGAAUUCCUAUGUGCGGGACGAUGCCAUCUUCAUCAAGGCCAUUGUGGACCUGACAGGGCUCUAACUGCCCCCAACUGGUGGUGGGUUUGGGGGCAACCAGGCACAGCUGGCUCACUGAGGGGCCACCAUGCUGGGCCAGGGCCUCACUGCACAAGUGGGCAGAGGCCUUGCUUGGGCACUUGGGAGGGUGUUGGCCUGUAGCCAAGUUCACUGUCAUGGGGAAGGAGCCACCAGCCAGUCCUCAGAUUUCAGAGACUGCGUAGAGGGUCCUGGGAGAUGAGCUCAGCCCAGGGCCAUGGUGGGACUGGCCAAGGGUCUUCUGGUGCUUCUCUUGCUGUCUGUCUUGUGCAGUGAAGGGAGAGGCCCUGGGUGGGGACGCUCAGAGCAGAGCACAUCCCAGCAGUGCCCACAAAGCAGGAGCACAGUGGUGGCCUUGUGUUCCUCAGGCAUGGCGGGCAGAAAGGAGGGGCUGCUCCAGGAGAAGGGCCUCCUGCCGGCCAGAGCAAGGAAGGCCAUGCGGCUUGGUUCGCCCCUCUGUCCCCUGGAGAAAAGGGAGCAUUCCUAGAUCCCUAGGAAUGCUAUGCCACCUUGGCCAGGCUGGCUGUGGGAGAGGGUCUGGUCCCAUGCUCCCUCUGCUCAGACCAUGGUAUGGGGGUGUGCAGCACAGCCUGCGGGUACUGUGAGAGCUCUCCAUCCAGCUCAUGAGAUAAAGUUAUUAAACCAUUCAAAUCUC